ACAGCGCCCCGCCCGCGGCAUGGCCCUGCGCUCCAGCCCCGCGGCGCUGCUGCUGGGCUUCGGCCUCCUCGGGCUGCGCGCCGGGGUCUCAGGUACUGACUCGGAGGAGCGGCUGGUAGAGCAUCUCCUGGAUCCUUCCCGGUACAACAAGCUCAUUCGUCCAGCCCCCAAUGGCUCGGAGCUGGUCACAGUACAGCUCAUGGUGUCCCUGGCCCAGCUCAUUAGUGUGCACGAGCGGGAGCAGAUCAUGACCACCAACGUCUGGCUGACCCAGGAAUGGGAGGACUAUCGGCUCACCUGGAAGCCUGAGGAGUUUGACAACAUGAAGAAAGUUCGGCUCCCUUCCAAACACAUCUGGCUCCCAGAUGUGGUUCUGUACAACAAUGCUGACGGCAUGUACGAGGUGUCCUUCUAUUCCAACGCCGUGGUCUCCUACGACGGCAGCAUCUUCUGGCUGCCGCCCGCCAUCUACAAGAGCGCGUGCAAGAUCGAAGUGAAGCACUUCCCGUUCGACCAGCAGAACUGCACCAUGAAGUUCCGCUCGUGGACCUACGACCGCACGGAGAUCGACCUGGUGCUCAAGAGUGACGUGGCCAGCCUGGACGACUUCACCCCCAGCGGCGAGUGGGAUAUCGUGGCGCUGCCCGGCCGGCGCAACGAGAACCCGGACGACUCCACGUACGUGGACAUCACGUACGACUUCAUCAUCCGCCGCAAGCCGCUCUUCUACACCAUCAACCUCAUCAUCCCCUGCGUGCUCAUCACCUCGCUGGCCAUCCUCGUCUUCUACCUGCCGUCCGACUGCGGCGAGAAGAUGACGCUGUGCAUCUCCGUGCUCCUGGCGCUCACCGUCUUCCUGCUGCUCAUCUCCAAGAUCGUGCCGCCCACCUCCCUGGACGUGCCGCUCGUCGGCAAGUACCUCAUGUUCACCAUGGUGCUCGUCACCUUCUCCAUCGUCACCAGCGUGUGCGUGCUCAACGUGCACCACCGCUCGCCCAGCACGCACACCAUGGCGCCCUGGGUCCGGCGCUGCUUCCUACACAAGCUGCCCACCGUCCUCUUCAUGAAGCGCCCGGACAGCAGCCCCUCGAGAACCCCCCAGCCCAGCCAGCCUCGCCUGACCCGGUCCGAGGCCGCCUCCGCCUCGGCUGCAGGCCCAGCCAGCACCCCCAGCCUCUAUGGGAGCUCCAUGUACUUUGUGAAUCCCGCCUCUGCAGCCCCCAAGUCCCCGGCCGGCUCUGGGUCCGGCUCCGACGUGGCGGGCACGGCCCAGGGUUUCCGGCUGAGGUCUUCCGGGAGGUUCCAGCAGGAUGUGCAGGACGCAUUAGAGGGCAUCAGCUUCAUUGCCCAGCACUUGAGGAGUGACGACCAAGACCAGAGUGUGAGUGAGGACUGGAAGUACGUUGCCAUGGUGAUCGACCGCCUGUUCCUUUGGAUCUUUGUCUUCGUUUGUGUUUUUGGCACCAUUGGCAUGUUCCUGCAGCCUCUCUUCCAGAACUACUCCACUGCUCCCUUUCUGCACGCAGACCACUCAGCACCCAGCUCCAAGUGAGGCCCUCCCGGCUCCGCGCCACUCCACCCCUUGCCCUCUGUACACAGUCAUUUUGCGGGGAGGAGGGACAAGUGAGCUACGGGGGCGGGGGAGGGGGUGCGCUGCCACAGACCCAGCCUCUCCGCCCCCCGCAGCCCCUCCCAGCCCCGCUGGUGAAUGACAGACAGCGCGCCCUGGAGGCUGGAGGCUGGACCCGCUGCCGUCCUGUCUUCUUACCGCAGUCGGGCGGGAGUGCUGCUGGUCGGGCAUGAAGGCUGAGAGAUGGGGCAUGGAGAUUGGGCCUUCCCCUCUGAGGGAAGUGUGAUGGGGAAGGGGCCAGGGGCAGAGUCCCAGGGCCCCUGCCUAGGUACACUGCUUCUGGGCUGGCAGGUCUGCCCAGGGGCUUACCUGGCGCUGUGGUCAGACCCCUGGGGGCCCUCCAGCCCAGCCCCGCAGCCCCUUGCUUCUAGGGGCUCCAGGGCCCAGCCCCAGGUCCCUGCACCCCUGGACUUCCCCCCACUUUCCUUCUUGCUCGGGCCGGGUGGGGCGGGCCAGGCUGGGCAUCGAACCCCUGCGUUGGGAGCCUUCCUUGGCUGCUUGGAACCACGUCCUCCAACUGUGCACAAAAUGCAAGCUCUUCGGCGGUCUCCCCACUUGAACUGACCGGUGUUUGGAGUCAGGAAAGUGAAGCUGUUAGCUCUGAGCAGACGCAGCCUUUCUGCACGCAGCAGAGGGGGCUGGGCAGGAGAGAGCACUGGCCCGGCCGCACCCCACAAGCAGACCUGAGCGGGGCGGAGGCAGAACCUCAUUGCCGUCAUCGGCUCCUCAGAAAGCACGGCCUUUGCCUCUGUCCUGUGGGCCUUGUGGAGGCUGUAUCCUGACCCUGCUCCCAGGGACCAGCUGGGGGCCACCUGGCCUCUUAGCCUAGGAAACAGACCUCUGAUGGACCUCCUGCCCCAACCCCUGCCAUGUGACUGGCUCUGAUUUGUGGUCCUGGCCUGUCCUCAGUGCCAGUGGGGGCCGGUCACAGACCGGUCAGGCUGCCCAGCGCGGCCGAAAGGCCGGCUGACACAGACCAUGCCGUCCUCGGGGGCCCAGCUGGACCCCUGCUUCUGCAGUGCUCACGGGUUGGGGGAGACGCACCGCGUCGGCCACGGGACCAGACGGUCUCAGUCUGGAUUCCGGUCCUGGCUCAUACCUGCUCGCUCAGCCACAGGGAGCAAGUCCCUUUGCCUUUCUGGGCCUCAGUGACCUCAUCUCUUGAAUGGGGACGGUAGCGAGGAGGAAGCAGCCCAGUCUGUACUUGGCGAAGACUUGGUGUGUGUGCAGGCCAGGAGCUGGGCAGAGCUGGGGGCGGUGGGCUCACCUGACUGUCCUGACAGCCUUCCUCGCACACCCCUCCUCUCCCUCUCUCUUCCUUGAGCAAACAGAGUCCCCUGAAGCAGGGUGGGAGUCUGGGGAGCCGGGGACUGGAGGAGUGCAGUCGAGGGGAACUUUCCAGGGGCCGCUCAGUGGGUCUGAUGGCUGUUGCUCUCUGGAGUGCCCUCAGCAAAGCAUCGUUCCGUUCCUGGGCUGAGCUCCUCCCGACGCAGGUGUGUGCUCAGGGCCUCUGGGUGGACCUCGUCCUGUCCUGGCUGUGGACACCCAGGUGGCCACUGGGCAAGAUGUGCCUCGGCGUGUUUCCCGGCCUGCCGGAGCGGGCUCGUGACCUCCCUUCUGAGUGGGUGGCUUGGCCCUGCGGAGACGCCCUGUCCUAGAGCAGCAAAUUAAGAGUUGCCUGUAUCAUGCCUGGACCUGCUGCGGAUCCCUAGCCCUGGGGAAGCCCCCAGGAGCCCGAAGAGCAACUGGAAAGGAGCCCUCCCUCUGCAGGAUGGGGUGCCGGCCCGAGGCCCUCGUUUCUGGCUCUCCCGGGCUCCUCACUGUGGCCUGGGCUACAUGGCUGGGCCUGCCCUUGCUUGGAGUACUCCUUCCAAGGGGCUGUUGUCCAAGUAAGUCACCAAAAAUGCUAGAGGGCUUUUAGGCCUGGAGAUUGCUGCCUGAAUGGGGACAAGCAUCGUCCCUUCUUUUACCUUGGUGUUGUCAGGGGAGCUCCCUGCCCCUUCCAUGGGGGGCCGUCUCUGGAGAGCGUCAGGUGCCCCGUUCAGUGCCCCCAGUCUGGAGAGGGCGGUGCAGACACUGGACCGAAGCCUGAGCAAGGUGGGUUUGGGAGGGGCUGCUGAGGAAGCAGGCGGGAUUGUCUCCAUCUGCAGGGCACCCUGCCCGACGAGCGGGCCUGCCCACUCUGCUUUUGACGGUUGGCGCUGCUGCAGGAGGAAAGCACUUUCUUGGUGGCGAGGCGUCUGAUACUGCAACAGCUGGACUGAGUCACCAAAAACUUGAAAGCAAACAAGACAAGGCAGCCUCCCAGCUGGCCUUCCCUGCAGAGGAAGGCUGUGCGUGCAGGAAGGGUGAGGGGCGGGGAGUGCUCUGGGCAGGAUCUGGGGGCACGACUCCUACUCCUCCCAGCCCCAGGCCUUUGUUCUGCAGGGAAGGGGCCCGUCCACUCGCUUGACUCAGCUGAGCCGUCCAAACGGCUGGGCCUCGAGGCGGGCUCGGGGAAAGCAAGGGGCCUCUCUGAUUCGCUCCCUGGCCAGAGUGCACUCGGCGCCAGCUCUCAGCCUCUUCGUCCGGUCCCUCAGCCCAGCAGGUGCCGGCUGUCAGCCAUCCAGGCCGGAGUGAGAAUUGGCAGCGUGUUUCCAUGUUUGUCCCAACAGGCCCGAGGGCCCAGCCUGAGUGUCACAUGGCUCCUGAGGGACUGUAGGUCUAGGAGUUGUAGCUAAGACGCCUCACCCACCCACCCUCAGAGCACCGCCCCCCCCCUCGGCCUUGGCCUCCCUUGUCUGUGCUUCUGGAAUAUUGGCACUGGUCUAGCCCGCUCCAGGCCAGACUCCUUAGGAACUCAAGAUUCUUGUAAAGAAAGUUGUUUCCAAACAUGUCUUGUCUCUGUGCUCUAUUUGGGGGCCAGGGUCGGCAAAUUUGGGAAACUGG